AUGAGCCCCCACCUGGUAGUGAUCCUGCUGGGCACCCUGCUGGGGACUGCCUUGGGAAACCAAAUUCGAUGUUUCCACUGCGAAAGCCCUGGGAGAAGCUCCUGCAGAGACGGAGCUGCAGGGACCACCCAGGGGACCGCCAGUGGUGAGGCCGGAUGCGGUGGCUCCCCCUUGGGGCAGAUGAAGCUUCCCCAGAACUCCUCAGUGACCGGGAUCCAUCGUCAUCCCGCCCGCGUGGCGGCCCAUCAUUGCAAUCAAGUGGAAACCAAGCUGGUGGGAGAUGCGACUUCCACCACCGGCAAGGAAGGCUGCUCUGGAGACCCAUGCAGUGGCGCUAUAGGAAGCACCGUGGCCCCAGCAUCCUUCUUGGCUGCCGCAGCCACUGCUGUGGCCUUGCUCUUGCCAAGACUGUGGAGAGGAUAG